AUGAACUCGAAUCGUCACCACAAGCAAUCCAUGUCCGAGCUUAAGCUCCGCAGAUUGACGGAGCAUAACGAGCGCCUGAGGGAGGAUCUUAACCGUCCCAGGAUCAAGGUCUCCGAGGCUGCUGCGAGCCUUAUCAACUACACCAAGUCGACGAGGGAUGUACUGGUGCCUUCGGUCUGGGGACCGGUCACCAAGGGGGAGGACCCGUACGCGCCUGGUGGGGGUGGGUGCGAGUGCAUCGUUAUGUGA